AUGGGCGAGCUCCUCACACUGAUGCGUUCAUCGUCGCGGCAGAUGCAAUUCGGCAUUGCUGCCUUGAUUAUAAUUUCGUUACUCAUUUAUCACUCGAAACUUGGGCUCAGUGAAACGGAAUCGCCAUCGUCAGUCAUUACCAAGUCUACGCAAAGCAAACAGCGCUUGUAUGGGGGGGAUUACCAUGGCCGCUCUUCGCCAGACAUCAAUCGCGUCACCAACUCCACGUUGGGCUUUUCCAACAUCUUCGUGGUUGGCCUGCCUGAUCGCAGCGAUAAGCGCGAUGCCCUUUCGCUAACAAGCGCUGCCACCGGCUUUCAUGUCGAGUUCGUGGAUGGUGUCAAGGGUGAAACGAUACCGGACAAGGCAGUGCCCUUUGGUGUCGACAGGCACCUAUUGAUGGAGACCAAUCUGGGCAGUUGGAGAGGCCACAUGAACGCCGUGAGAAGAAUCAUUGAAGAGGAUUUAGAAACUGCGCUCAUCAUGGAAGAUGACAUGGACUGGGAUGUGCGUCUAAGAUCUCAGCUUGAGUCGGUGGCGACCGGAGCACGCGAAAUCAUGUCAUCAGGGUCUUCGCCGUCGUCCCCUUAUGGGGAUGAGUGGGAUGUGCUAUGGCUCGGACACUGUGGUGACUUUUUCCCAGAAGCAGCUUCGGAGAAUGCAGGAAAGCCACCGCAUCCCAAGUAUACCAUUUUGAAAGACGAGACUGUGGCACCACUGGACAAAAUCACUGGCCUGGUGGACUUUAGAAAGUAUCCAGAGUUCACACGCUGGGUCCAUAUAUCUGGUGCUCCGAUUUGUACCUUUGCCUAUGCCCUCACCCAGAGAGGUGCCCGAAAGAUGAUGUACGGCUUGUCUGUGGAUCGUCUGAGCGGUCCAAUUGACAAUGCUUUGGCCGAUAUGUGCCGCGAUGGAGCUGCAGGAAACAAAGAUGGACUCCGCGCAAAGUGCAUCAGCGUCACUCCACCAGUCUUCUUCCAUCACAAGGCCAAGGGACGUCUCGCUGGAGACAGCGACAUACAAAAUGUCGACAGCAAUGAAAUACGCCAAAAGGGGACAACAGAGAAUAUCGUCUGGAGUGCGCGCAACAAUAUCAAGAACAUGCUCAUGAACGCAGAGAUGGAGAAUCAAUUUGGAGAAUAUUAG